GAAAGAGAGAGAAUUUUGUGCAACAAGUGCAACAAGAAAAAAAGCUGCAGGUUAUCCCCCCUGGAAACAAAAUGAAAUUAGUUAUUUGGUGUUGUUUACAAAGGCGUAUCAUACUCUGGCAAACAGCACGUGUAAGAGUCACAAGCCAUCCAUAUAGGUUACUAUUGACAAGUUUUAAGUAAAACGCUUGGGCCAAGAUGGCGGCCGCUUGUUGGUGUGAAGUCUACAUCAACCACCCGGAAUUAUGGCUUACACAACACAUUCGCCGUUAUGCUGCAACGAUAUGGAUUCUUUAUUGAUGGAGGAUCGAGGAUGUUGUAGAAUUAUUCAUUUUCCAAUGCGUGCAAACAAUGAUUGAAGUAAAGGCCUCGACGACAAGAGGCGCUGUGUAUUUUGCAGGGGAAAGCGUUCGAUGUGAAAUUGUAUUCACUAACGUUGGAGACCAGGAUACUGAUGAAUCCAUGGAAUUGAACUCCUUAGAUCAUGCCAAAGAUAUCAAUAAGGGCAGGACUUCGCAUAUCGAGCGAUUAGCAUGGGCUAGCGCUCAAAUUCACUGUCAAUGUACCUUGAACAGUUUGAGGGUCGUUCGGCCGGUAAAGUCGAUGGAUCGAAUAACAGAAAACUCAAACCAUGAGCUAGUUUCCGAUUCCAGUACAAGUUUUACUGUUUCUAAAGGGGAACACGGACAUUGUAUACUAUCAACUCAACCGAAGAUUUUAUUUUGUGAUUUAGAACUUGCUCCAGGAGAGUCGAAAACAUUUUUAUAUACUGAGACCAUCCCAUCAGAAGGGCCACCGUCAUAUAGGGGACAAGCAGUGAAAUAUUCCUACAAACUUACCCUCGGCACAAGUAGAGUACAGUCUCAGAUAAGACUGAUCAGACUUCCUCUCAGAAUCCUUGUAGUGCAAGGUCUUAGUGAGAUUCAGCACUUGGUGGAGUAUAAGGAGCAACCGUCAAAUCCCUUCUUAGAGAAGCAAACACUAGAGACCUCACUGCUUGAUAUUGGUGUUGACUUUUUAAAUGCAGUCACAUCCAGACGUAAUUCAUAUAUUUACAGCAUUGUGAGCGAAAGGGGAACAGUGGGUAAAUUCUGCUUGUUCAAGUCAGCGUACAGGAUAGGAGAAGAAAUUGUUGGAUCAUUUGACUUUGAUGACUCCCUUAUCUCCUGCCUUAAGUACACAGUCACACUCCAGAGUGAAGAGCACAUCCCUGAAGAGUGUCAAACAGGCAGCAGCAAGACCUCUCCUGUCACUUAUAGCUCCUACGGGAGUGUACAAGAAAGCUGUCUUCACACCAAGAAAUCACAUCUCAUACUCCCUGUCUCCAUCACUGUCUGCCCAGAGUUUGUCUCUGAUCUAGUUUGUCUGAAGUGGAGACUUCAUUUUGAGUUUGUGCUGGCUUCAAGCUCAUUACCGGCAGGUGCAAGCCCACUACAGUGCACCUACCCCCAACUAGAUACAGCCAUGUGGCAGGCGCCCAGUGACAUAGACACAGAACUCAUGACAUGGGACCUGCCAAUCAAACUAGUCGCAACCAAUCCUGUCCUUGCAUCAUCUGUGUCAAUGCUCAAGACAUCAAAUUCUAUAUACAUAUAGCUAAAAAAAUUAUCAUCAAAUUAUCAAAAAUAUUUUCUUAUAGUGCAACCAGAAAACUGUGAAGGGCGGAGAUAUGACUGGCCAAUAUCACAGGGGAUACCUCAGAUGCUUGUUUGAGAAUUUUUAAAUGUUUGAGUUCUCGUUGAUCUAAAAAUAGUUUUCCAGUAAAAAAUCACUGGCU